CUAGAUAGGGGGCGCAGAGCCAAUCGGGACUCGGCGUCUCCAAGUCGUCUUGCGCGCUCACUCGUCUCCGGGUUUUUUUUUAUAUCGUGGCGAACAGCAUUGUCAGGACUCAGUGAGCAGAGCACGGGCAUGAAACCUGGCUGGACUAUACAGGAAAGGAGAAGCAGGUCGGGGAGAACUUUUUCGGAAAAUCCAUGUCAGUUUCUGUGCGCUUGUGGCACGCGUGUUAAGUUUGACGCACGACGCGGGACAGCGGGACACCAGCAGCGGCGUAGCCACGAUUUUCUCAACAUGUGCUGAAUGAAAAUUGAUCUCGCGUGCUACAGAUGUAGGAUAUUAAAUGUGUAUGCAGUCGCGCACACAGACAUGCGGCUGUGUUUCUCCUGAAAGGACGUUGUUGCGCUACAAGGAUUUGUCGGGUGUAAACACGCACGUGACGCACCGGCAACCGAAUUUUAGAAGUUGUGUCGAUCCCUAAAGACUGACAAUCAUUUCUAACUUUCCCCCAGAUCCUCUCAUGGCGUCUUAGGCUUCCUGCAUUAGAGUGGUACUAAACCUGCACGUGUAUGUGGACCACCUGCGGAUUUGGUCUUUGGGCAUCUUUCCACUGAAUAAAUCCGCGCGUAUACACCGCGGUACGUUUCAAUCAGUGCAACUCCUAACGUCGGUGCGUUUUAAUCACAACACUGGAGCACUUCAGACUUAAUGUAUAGUUCAGGCACGAGCUGUGCAGUUUUAUAUGGAAAACGAGCACCGGUAAGGUAGAGCAAUGCGCGCCCUGCACCUCGGCGCGUGAGCAGGAGAAAGAGGAAGAGGAGGAGGAGGAGGAAGAGGAAGAGGAAAUUCAGGUGUCAGGAGGAGUUGUGAGAGCUUCCAGAGUUCCGCUGACCCGCUCCCUGAAGGAUGGAGAAGAUGUGGAUGCGCAUGUGUACUGCGUCCCUCAUCCUGCCUUUGCUUUGCAGAGUGAUGGAUGGCCGACUGUUGCUGGAGGGUCUGCCAAGAUUCGGCACCGUGCCUACGUACCUGCCGGUGCAGUACCAGGUGCUGAACGCAGAGCUAGCCUUCUUCCUCAAGGAGGCCAACCAGGACAUCAUGAGGAACUCCAGUCUACAGGCACGUACUGAACUCUUCUUCAUCCAGCAGGCCAGGAGGAACCCUGUGGUCAAUGCUAGUUAUGGACCGUUCUCUGUGCAGCAGCCCAUACCCAUGGAACUCCUUGAUCCGGGGAUCUUCAGCAACCCAGCAACAUCUUCUUUGUCUUCAUCUUCCUCAUCGUCUGCUCCACUUUUCACUUUUAAUUGGAAGAUUCAGACCUUCAUCAUAAGUGAGCGCAUUCACCUCAGCUGGCCCAAGGUCCAGGUCUUGUUCUACAUCGUAGGCCGAGACUGGGAUGACUACAGCACCAUGGACCACCUCCCUUGCAUCCGGAUGUUUGCUUUUCAUGAGACGCAGGAGGUUCGAGGCACGUGUCGAUUGAAAGGGGAACUGGGGCUUUGUGUGGCUGAACUGGAGCCGUUGCCCAGUUGGUUCAGCCCACCUAGCGUGGUGCCUGGGAGACAAAGAGCACCUCAAACUGAAGGCACGCCUGUGGAGCUCUACUACAUGAUACAGUCCACUGAAACUGGUGAAUGCAACCCGGAAAGUUCCCGUAAAGCGGCUGCCAUCCGCUCUGACCCACAGGGGCCAGCUGGGUACUUUUCAGGGCCCACGCCCAUGCGGAGGAUCGGCAGCGUACGCCUGUUUCAGCCACUCUCUGAGCUACGCCUGGACAGGAACUUUGUGGUGAUGGUGCCUUCCAGACCAAUCAGGCAGAGAGAGACAGUGUCAGCCUUCCUGGCUGCUUCUGCUCUUUCAUCAGUGGAGAUCUUCACCCUCAGGGUGAAGCUGAAAGAUGACGUGGCGUUUUUAGGAGCGAAGGCCACUAAUCCGGUGCAGUGGACCGUCAGUCAGGACGUGAGGAGUGAAGGACACCGAGUGGUUACUCUGCACUGUCGGAGAAAAGACAUCAGCUACAGCCAGAGGAUGGAGGCGGGGCUUCAGAAGGUCCUGCAGGUGGAUUUGGAGGUGAAUGGCCUGGUGGAUCCUCUGGGCACUCGUUCAGUCACGUGGCAGGUGGAGUAUCCCAUGAGCCGCACCUUCUCCGAAGAAAUCCCCACCCUCAUCCGACUCGCGGCUCACGAUCUGGGGGGCAUUGUCCCACUCGCCAUGGAGACAGAGAUCCUGAACACGGCCGUGCUCACCGGCAGGACUGUUGCCAUGCCUAUCAAAGUGGUCACCGUGGCAACUGAUGGGGCUGUGACUGAUGUGACUGAGUCUGUGGAGUGUCGAUCGACGGACGACGACGUUGUUAAGGUGUCUGAGAGGUGCGAUUAUGUGUACGUAAACGGGAAGGAGACGAGAGGAAGGGUGAGGAUGAUGCUGAACUUCACUUACAACUACCUGAGCACCCAGCUGGAGGUGAGUGUCUGGAUGCCCCGCCUCCCACUUCAGAUCGACAUGGCCGACCCCGAGCUUAACCAAAUCAAGGCAUGGAGGAUCCCAGUCUCAGGGGGCAACCCGAGAUCUGCAGACGAUGAUGAAGUUGACGGGAGCAGACGGGAUCGAGGUUGUGGCCCACAGUACCAGAGCACCACUGUACGUGUCCUCACACACUUUGAGGCGGAGCCAGUGGAGGGGCGGGACCAGCCAGAUUUCCUGCUGGGCAGUGAUUGGCAGGUGGACGUGACAGAGUUGGUGAAGGAUUUACUGAAAGUGGAGGACUCACGACUGGCCAGAAUAACAAACGGAACAACGUUGACGGGCCUGAACACUGGAACCACCAAAGUCCAGGUGAUGUCCCCCUUGUCGGAUUUGGUCCUGGCUGAGAGGUCGGUGAGAAUUGUGGAUGAUAAAGUGAGCAUUACGGAUCUGGGAGUGCAGCUGGUGUCAGGCCUCUCGCUGUCCCUGCAGCUCAGUCCAGGCAGCAACAGGGCCAUCGCAGCCACAGCCACCACCCAGGACACCAUGUACAACCUCAAACAGGAGUCCCUUGUCAGUGCUUGGCUGCACUUCAGUGAUGGCUCGGUGACCCCUCUUGACCUUUAUGAUCCUGCACACUACAUGCUGACAGCCACAUCUUUGGAUGAGCGGGUGGUCACAGUUCAGAGGGCCGUGUGGUGGAGGUCACCAGUGGUGGUGGUGAAAGGUGAGGGUCAGGGCACACUGCUGCGCAUUGAGAUGUCUGGAGCCGAUUUGUGCCAGAAAAGCAAGCGCCGUAAUGUUCUGGCUUCGGUUAGCGCCAACGUUCGUGUCAAGUUUAGCCGUAAUGAUGAUAGUGACAACAGACGGCAAAGACCCAGUUCCCCGUACAACGGAGACUCAAUUUCAGAGGCAGGAAUGGUCAACAGAGGAGCCACCACCAUUAAAACAGGUGCUCCUUUAGGAGACAAGCGCCCAAUCGGAGACAUUCCUGCAGACUUCUCAAAUUUUCCAGCACAGGCCGAACCUCCUCAUGGACGCACAACAGAGGAAGACCUGCUACAAGCCCGGCGUGGCCUGACGGACCUUGAAAUCGGUAUGUAUGCCCUACUGGGAGUCUUCUGCCUGGCAAUCUUGGUGUUCCUCAUCAACUGUGUCUCAUACGCCCUCCAGUAUCAAAACAAACAGCUCCCCCUGGAGGCCCAGGAGAGCAUGGCACAUGCUCAUGACUGGGUAUGGUUGGGGCACGAAGGUGAGCUAAUGGAGAACCAUGGCGGCUUGUGCCUGCAGCAGGAUGAACUCAGUGCCACUGUGGACUCCAGUCUGGGUUUAGAGGAGGCCAGCCAACUCCUCAACGGACUCUUGGGCCAGAAAAGUGCACAAGGUCAGGGAGGACGGGAGCACAAGAGCGAGACAGGAAACUCGCCAACCACCAAGAGGAAACGGGUCAAAUUCACCACCUUCAGCCAUUCCAAGACGGGCGGUGACUGCCAGGGUAACAGCCCACUAGGUGUUGGGAAAAACGAUAUCCAGUGGGUUUGUCCGGACAUCAAGCUUGGGGACUCCAUAGAGCUCCGGAACUACAUGGAGAGGCUAAAUGAGAAUGCCACUAAGAAUGCCGCAUAGCACUUCAUGAUUCUAGCACUCGGUUAUGCUUUUCGGAGCAGAGUGUAGCUUCACCCAUAUGCCUUCAGGGUAAAGAAGUGGGGUGCCGACCGGCUCACAUCUCACCAUGAAAAGACAGGCCAUUCAUCAGGUCUUGUUUCCAUGGCAACUGUCACAAGGUGUUCAUCAUUAGGCUUGAAGGCCAACAGGGAUGGUUGUAAAACUGCAGAAAACUAUAUAUGUAUACAUCCAUACAUAAAUACAUACAUUCAUAUGUAUAAACUCAAUAUGAGAAAUGCAUUUUUUUCUUGUAUUAAAGAUACAUUGUUUUGUCAUUCCGUAUUUCUUUGACAUAUUAUUCUUUUCAUAUCCUGUGAAUAUUUGAAAGAAUUCAUGUGCAAACAUAUCAAGGACCGACUCUGAGAUGAAUCCAAUAAUCAACACACUUGUAUAUAAAGUGGACAUUUGCUGGUUGGAUGAGGUGAGAACUUUUUUAAGUGAGGUUUUACAUAUUUUUAUACAUCCCUGUUCCUGUACAUGUUGUAGCCUGUUGAUGUUUUGUCCGGAGACUCAUAUUUUGGUUUAAAGCUGAUGUGAGCAACUUUUUUUCUUUAAAAGGUAGCUGUCAAAAAUAGAUGCUCAGAGAAGAAAAGCUCUAAAACCCAGUGGAGUCCUUCUGAAUGCUUCCCUGAGGAGGCAGUCUUCACUCAUUUUUUUUUUUUUGCACAUGUCUGGGUGGCCCAUAUGAAGGUUUUUGAUUAAGAAGGAAGCUCUAGGAAGUGCUAGCUCGAUGAAGUAAGAGAGUUGUUAACGAAAUACGAUUGCAGCAGAGUUGAUGCUUGAUGUAAUCCAUGGAAGCGAUGAUACACUCAGUCACAAAGUUCAACUGUCAAUAUUGGCUUACACUUUAAAAAGAAAAACUAAUUGACACAAGAAUGCUGAAGUGUUGGGCGGAGCAAACUUUCUGACGUCAUCUAUACAAACUAAUGUUUAUGGGAAACUGUCUAAACUAUGGUGCAGAGCUAACUAGCUAAGGUAUCCAUCCCUCUUGGUGUAACUAUGACUUAAUUAAAACUUUAUAUUGAUUUGUCUCUUUAUUACAAAUAAAUCUACUUCGAAGCUAGCUAACCUGUUUAUGUUUAAACACAGAUGUAAUGCUAGCUUACAUUAUUGACCACUACACACACAUCUUGAAUAUUUGGUCCAACCAGAAAGCGUAGCUGUCUGAAAGAUUUCGAACUUCCACAUGGAAUAAAGGCACUGCUGCUCUUCUCGUUCGUGUUUUCUUACCAUCGCACAACGCAUGUCUUUAGAAGGUAGGAAAUAAGGACAUAGGAGUGGACUCCAUCGACGGCUCCGUUUGAUUAGCAAGACUUGGUAGCAUCACUUACCAUGGCUUAAUUACGUGUCUGAUUUGGGACCUUUGCCACCAACAAUGUGAAUAUGUACAUAAACCAGGCGACUGUUCAGAGACUGUCACAUCGAUAGCAUGGCUCCUAUGGGACUGUUGGCAACUGUAACAACAGCAGUGACCAUCAUAGACGCUGACCUGGAGGCAAUCACUCAAACAGUACCUGUUAUCGAUUGUUUUCCUUUUUCUUUUCUUCACACAAAUCUGUUCUUUUCAUGUCUCUUUUUUUUUCUCUACACUGAAAAAAAGUGCAUAAUGAGGAUGAUUACAGGUCUCUAAACACACAAGAAAUCUCAAACAAAUCCAUAAUUAUUGCAGUACUAAUUACCUGCAGGUAACUGGGUCUUAAAGAGUGGUUUGGAACGUAAUCCUCAGGUAAUGCUGGCCACGAGAGGUGCAAACAGACGCUGGAAGAUCGAAACGCUUAUAAAUAAUUUCACAUUCUAAUCAUUUCUCAUUGAAUUGAUUCUGAAUGACACUGUGUUUGGUCUGGUUUUAUUUUUUUUGCUCUCGUCUCUCUAAUGAAUGUGCAGAUUAAACUUCAUUCUGUCACACAAACUGCUGUUUGAUUUCUUGCUUCAUUUCUAUUCUAAGAGCAUUUCCAGUCAGGAAGGAAACUCUGCGGUGGUCUGUGUGUCAGUGCGAUUCGACUCGGAAUCAACCUGACUGCAAGAAGUCAAGCGAAAAAUGCAGUGUGUUUCGGGUUGCAGCAUUUUGUUUUUAUAGAUUUGAGCUGCAAGGUAUAAACUCGGCGAAAGGAAAUAGCUGGAUUGCUGCAGAAACGGCAUAAGAUGUGGAGAUUUGGACUGACGAAUAAAUAGAGGAUAAAUGCUGGAUGCCAUACACAAUAAUUUAAUUCUGUAAUGUAAUUAAAAAGUGUCACUUAC